CAUUCGCUUUCCCCGAGGUUCACGGCAGUUGGGAGCCAAUAGCAUCGCGAUAGACAACCCCGCACGGGCAAAGCUAAAGCUACCAGCUCACCUCUCGCUCCUCUCAUCGUCACAUGACCCUUUUCACUGUGUAGGCCAUAUUUGACAGUGUCCAGUACUAGUUUAGUGAAGUGAGUGUGUGAAGAUUGUUCCUCUUCACUUAACCCCUGGUGUUUUUUGAUAUAACCUGUAAAUACUCUAACAACUAAACUCGCCAAAAUGAGUACCGUCGAAAUCGGAGAAACAAAUCCCAUCUACGGGCCAUUCUUUGGAGUAAUGGGCGCCGCCUCGGCGAUCGUCUUUUCCGCCCUCGGAGCGGCCUAUGGAACUGCAAAGUCCGGUACCGGUAUCGCAGCCAUGUCCGUCAUGAGGCCUGAGCUGAUUAUGAAGUCCAUCAUUCCCGUCGUCAUGGCGGGUAUUAUAGCCAUUUAUGGUCUGGUGGUGGCGAUUCUUAUCGCGGGGUCGGUCGACUCGCCGACGAACAAUUACACCCUUUACAAGGGAUUCCUCCACCUCGGAGCUGGUCUUGCGGUAGGAUUUUCGGGUCUAGCCGCAGGUUUCGCCAUCGGCAUAGUGGGUGACGCAGGUGUGAGAGGUACCGCUCAACAACCUCGUCUCUUCGUCGGUAUGAUCUUGAUCCUUAUUUUCGCCGAAGUAUUGGGUCUCUACGGUUUGAUCGUCGCCAUCUUCCUCUACACCAAGGUGUGAAGCGGUAAUAAUACCGGGACUCAUUCACGCGGGAAUAUUCAUCUCCCCCCUAGAUAUAAAAUUACAUAUAAAUACCAUCAACAAGAAGAACAACAACAACAACAACAACAAGAAGGAGAACAACAACAACGGGAAUACAAAAAAUAUACACACACACACACGUAUAUAUAUAUAUAUAGAUAUUUACAUAAACAGAUGCAGAAACAAACGAGCAAACAAACUUCUCUUCACUUCGCAUAGGAAUCAUAUUAAUAACGACACCUCUAUUAUCCGCAUAAGUUGGAAAACAAAAAUUUCAUUGAUUAAUUAAUAAAUUCGCGAAAACUCGAUCGCGCGAUGCAAGGGUAGUAGAUCGUUUUCUCUCUUUCUCUCUCUUACUCCCAUCACCGCAUCAUGUGCCUACCCACCUGUAUAAUCCUUGCAUGAAAUAGCUAACGAUCUUCAGAUAAAGCGAUAAAUGGCAAACCUGAACUACUUUGGUUUAAUGACGCUGUGAUAUGUGGAAAGAAGAAGGGGAUGGAGAAGAAUAGGGAGAUAAUAUAAGAAGAUGAGGAAGAAAUGAUGAAGUAAACUCGUCACGCCUGCAAAGUCAGUUUUCUGUAUAAUAUAAAUAAAUAUAUGCAUAUAUAUGUCGUAUAUAUAGAUAUCGACACCCAGGGGGAGGAAUAUUUCCGACAGGGAAAAAGAAAAAACCGGCGACAAAAAAACUGUCUGUAAUAAAUAAUAUACGGUUGUCGUCGCGUCAUAUCAUGUAAAUCGUUAUCAUCCGUCAUUAUCGUCAUCGUUAAAUAAAUCGUCACCUUCGUCGCCGAUGUGUCACCGCUACAAGAGAAAGGCAAAAAAAAAAGAGGAACAAAAAUUGAUCGAAACAAAGAUUCAUAAAAAAUAUUCAAACAAACGAACAGUAAAUUAUAUUAGCCGUUGCUAUACUACUACAGGUACAAUAACAACAUAGGGCUGCUACUGCUAUGUGCUGAAAUAUAUACAACAAAUCUACCACAUAUACCUAUACAUACGAAAGACCAGAGAUAAACGUGUUGAAAUAAAAAUUUCAUUCGAUCAAACGAAUGAACGAUAAAAUAAUUUCUCUUCAGUUCUGUGCGCGACGAAACGGCCUAUAUUUUCCCUUUUUUUUUUGUCAAAUGCAUUCAACCAAUUUCGUCCCAGUCAGUAAUACCAGCUGACAUUUUGAUAUACUUCAAUUUAUAUGAUUUUCUUUUUUUUCUCUCUCUUUUCGUCAUCUCAACCCCCCCCCCCCCCCCCCCCCCCCCCGCCCUAAAACUGCAAGACAUACGUACAGGUAAAUUGUCGAUCUUAUGCAAAGGGAUAUUGAAGUCUGUGCACGUUUAAAUGAAAUCGCGACAGGUGAAUCCACAGUAACACACAAAAGAUAAUAUACAUUAUGUGUACAUAUAACAGCGCAUGCAUAGAAUAUUAUAAUUAACGUCGGCAGCUUGUACGAUCACGGUUAAUGGGUGUAGCAACUGGCGGUGAAGGGGCGAAGGGAAAGGGUUCAAUGGAGGGAGUAAAAGGGUAAUGAAAGAAAUUGAGGAGGGAGAAAGAAAUAGCUUGUAAUAUUCCAAAGAAUAGCCCAAACGUUCCUCUUGCGCGCACCUUUCUCUAUAUUAUUUAUCAUUUGUAUAGCUGAAAAUAAACACACGUACAUAUAAUAUGCGAGAUAUCAUUUUAGCGAGUACACACAUACAUAUAAUUAUUAUACAUACAUACGUGCAUAAAUUACAUAACAUAACGUACACGCAUACACAUAAUAUUGUACACAUAGUAUCUAUAGAACUAUAUAUUAUAGUUUGAAGAGAAAAAAAAGAACGACAUCAGCAAGUUAAAGUUAAUAACUUCAUUGGUUUUUCCAUCGUUGUGUGCUGUAUAUGAAGAAGGCGGAAAAAGAAAAAGGAUAGGAAUAAAAAAGAAAAUGAUUAUAUUAAUACGAUACAUAUAUAUAUAUAUAUAUAAUUAUGACUAUAUACACAUAUAUUAAGCACAAUUAUUAUAUUUCCUAGAGAGGGCAAACGAAACGUCAGCAUCAAGUUUGUCCUUGUUUAUAAUUUAUCGUUUUCUUUUUUUAUUCUUUAGUUUUUUCUUUUUUUUUUUCAUUUCUCUUUAAUGUAUAGAACCAAACGGUAUACGAAUCGUUUUUAGCCAAAAUCUGCUCUACAGUAGAGAGAGAGAGAAAGAGGAGAAAUAUAAAAAAAAUGACUCAUUCGAUGCUCUGUUUUUCUUUAUCUUUCUUGCUCGUGGGAAAAAAUGUCAAUGUCAAAUCUUGCUGGAUUCGACUGCUGCAUGAAUUUAAAAUCUUAUACCCCCAAAGAAAUGGAAGAAAAUACGAUCCAGAAAACAAAAUCAUCAAGUACGCGAUAGUAUUAUACUAAGAUGAUGUCGAUACUUGCAUAUUUAUAGAUAUCGGUCUGUUAGAAACAUCUGCAGCUUAAAGUUGUUCGUUCGAGGGGCAGGAGGGGGAAUUGUAUUUCAGGGGUGAAGAAAAAUAUUUAUCGCCUUAGGCCAGCGAUAAUUCUUGUUCCUCUGUUAUAUUAAUUCCACCACCACCACCACCACCACCACCACCACCACCACCACCACCCCCAUGUUACUUUCGAAUGAAACGUGAAAGAUAUUGAAUUAAUGAAAUCGAGAGAAAAAAAAACGAAUAUGACAUUGACCGGCUGAUGCUAUCUAUAUAUGUACAAUAUAUGAUACCAAACGAAAUGUAGAACGGAGCAUGAAAUAGAAUCGAUUAAAAUAAAAAAAAAACAAAAAAAAAGGAAGAAAGAAAGGAAACGGAUUACGACGAAGAUGAAGAAGGUGAAGAAAAAGGAGUAGUAGAAGGAAACUAAGUAAAAUAAAUAAUACAAUUUGUACAUUCCAUGAUAUAGUGUUUUGUUUCGAAACGACAAAGAAAAAAAGAAAGAAAAAAAAACACACACACACACACACACAUAACGCGUGCAUUAUACACGAGCACGCGUUCGAUUGCGUCGGUUUGCAUUUUAUUUAAUUUCUUUAAAUCCUCUUGCGAGGGAGCCCCCCGUUUUUAGCGGGUCAUUGACGGUUGUCCUGUGAAAAUUCAACAAACUUCACAAAGAAGUUAAAAUGGGACCCCGUCAACUUGCUGCGGGGUGCGCGUCAGGAUUUAAAGGAAAAAAUAUUCCGUCAUCGCAUCACGUAAAAAGUCCUCGGGGUUAAUUAUUGGAGGGGAGGGAUGAGGGUUUGAUUGAAAUAAUGAUCUUGUAUCAGUAACAACAACCGAUAAUCAUUAAAGAGCAUAUGUUGUAUUUUAUUGAAAUCGCCGAAAGAUCCGCCGUGUCGAUCGUUUGGGAGCUGACGAUCGGUAUCAGCUAGAUUUAUUAAGCAUUAUUACGACGUAGCUCGAUGUUUUUAAGAAAGAAAAAAAUAAAAGAAGAAAUUAACUCCCUAUCUCUCUCCGAAUGAUAUUUGUUGAACAUGUAAAUCGCGUGUAAUAAUUUUAAUCAAAUUAUUUCACGGUCUCCUCGAGGACUGUGCAGUUUGACAUUCGCGAUUACACCCGCAACACAAACGGAAAGAUAUGAUCGGUCGACGCGAUCGAACGCAUAAUAUGAGAAUUGAUUGAUUAGCUAUUUGACUGUCCACAGUAUUUCGCAUUAUCAAGUCUAGAACUAGCUGUUUUUUUUUUCUUGUGAAUUGAUACGUAUAAAUUAUUAUUAUUCUUUUUUUUUUUUUUUUUUUGUUUUUUGUCUAUAGGGUUUGUUUUUCACCCAUAAUUGACAUACAUUCGACGUGAAAUGAUUGCAGGUGUCGAGAUUUUCGGGAAAAAUGAAAACAUGAGUAAACAUAUAUAAGACCGUUGUUGCUUUUAAUUGCCUGAAAAAUAAUCACACAAAUACACCCUGCGAUAUUGUCUUGCGCAAAACCACCACCACGAUUCCCAAAAUUAUGAUAUUUCGUACCGAACGAAAAUCGAAAAACUGUGUAAAUCCACCGAUGAAUCCGUUCGCUUGCUCGCUC